UCCCCACAGCUCCGGCGGCGCCUUCCUGGGAGCGCAGCGCGAGCCCGCGCCUCGCGUGUCCCCGGAUCCCCUCUGCGGACCCCUGGCUCUCCCUCCGUGUGCGCGCGGGCGCCACCCGGGCCCUGCGGGGAGCGAGGCCCAGAGCGUCGCCGAGAUUUGGGGGGGCCCGGAGAUCGAGGGCCUGGCGGCCUCAGGAACCGCUCCAAAACCAGACCCCGGCCCGGGGGCGGCUGGAACAUGUGCCGGGGGACACAGUUUGUUUGACAGUUGCCAGACUAUGUUUACACUUCUGGUUCUACUCAGCCAGCUGCCCAUGGUUACCUUCGCGUUUCCUCAUUGCACAAGAACCCCGCAGGAUUCUCAGCAUGCGGGAGAAGAAGUCUUUACAUCAAAAGAAGAAGCAAACUUCUUCAUACAUAGACGCCUCCUUUAUAACAGAUUUGAUUUGGAGCUCUUCACUCCUGGUGACCUAGAAAGGGAGUGCAUUGAAGAACUUUGUAAUUAUGAGGAAGCCAGAGAGAUUUUUGUGGAUGAAGAUAAAACGAUGGCAUUUUGGCAGGAAUAUUCAAUAAAAGGACCAACUACAAAAUCAGAUGGUAACAGAGAGAAAAUCGACGUUAUGGGCCUUCUUACUGGAUUAAUUGCUGCUGGAGUAUUUUUGGUUAUUUUUGGAUUACUUGGUUACUAUCUUUGUAUCACUAAGUGUAAUAGGCAACAACAUCCAGGCUCUUCAGCCGUCUACGCAAGAAGGGGUAGGCACACUCCCUCCAUCAUUUUUAGAAGACCUGAAGAAGCUGUCUUGUCUCCAUUGUCACCUUCUGUGGAAGACACAGGAUUACCUUCUUAUGAACAAGCAGUGGCACUGACCAGAAAACACAAUGUUUCACCGCCACCACCGUACCCUGGUCCAGGAAAAGGAUUUAGGGUAUUUAAAAAAUCUAUGUCUCACCCAUCUCACUAAGUCCACCUUGCCAUCUUGGUAUAAGAAAUUCAUGUUAUUUAAAUGGUUUGUUCUCCCUGAACCAAAAAACACAUUAUGUAUUCAGCUCUUUAUGAUAAACUACAAGGAAUAAAGGAGAAACGAACACAUGUACUGCACCACAGAUGUUAUAUCUGCAACUUGGACCUGAACUUGAUCAUUAUCAGCUUGAUAAGAGACUUUGACUCCACAUCCUUGCGGUUAAGAAGAAAGCACUUUUUAAUGUUUUCAUGAUUCAGAAAAAAAUCUAUGUUAUAGAUAGCAUAGUUAAAACUAGUGAACUAUUUGUAUCCUUUGUACAGAUAAAGGUUGUGGAUUUCUUGUGUUGAAUAUUUUAAAAGUAAGAAUUUCUAAUCAUUAAGAUUAUCCAAAAUCAGGGUAUUAGAUGUACUCUUUAUCAGGAUUUCUUUUUGGUUGGAAAUACUUCACAGAAUUUGCUGUUUCAAUAUUAAUCUGUGACCUUAAUAUAAUCAUGUGGUUUUAUAUUUUAAAUUAUCACAAAGUAGUCACCAUAUUUUGUAGGUUUUGGUUCUUAACUCUUACUAUCAGUCAUGUUUUGUUAUGGGUAGUAGGAUCAGUAGUUUUCCUUUUAUUGGGGGUGAGGAUAGAGUCUUGCCCUGUCGCCACAAAGUAGAGUGCAAUGGUGUCAUCAUAGCUCACUGCAACCUUAAAUUCCUGGGCUCAAGUGAUCCUCCUGCCUUAGCCUCCUGAGUAGCUGGGACUACAGACUCAUACCACCACGCCUGGCUAAUUUUUUCUAUUUUUGGUAGGGGUAGGGAUGUCAUUUUCGUUCAGGCUGGAACUCCUAACCUUAAGCAGUUCUCCUGCCUCAGCCUCCCAGAGUGCUAGGAUUACAGGUGUGAACCACUGUGGCUGACCCGAUAGUUUUCUUUUUCUAAAAAAUACUGCUUGCUAUGAAGUUAGUUCUUCAGAAGGUACAGGGUUACAAUGGAAAGGAUUUAUAAGGGUUCUUAUACUAUCGGAUAAAUAAAUAGGCCUCCAAUCUGGGAGUGACUAGAAUUUGAUAAACGUGCCCAUGUUACUGAUGAGUAGAUACUCCCAUCUUCACUGCUACAUUUUCUACAUAUACAUAAUGUAUAUCUACAACUACAUUUGAUUAUCUUGAAAAUUUGUUGAACUUUAUAAAUAAUAGUUUGAGAAUCUGGAAAAAGUCAUUUACUUUUCUGCUAUUAAAAUAACAUUGAUUAAAGUUACCAGAAGCCCUUUCCAUCUCAUAAUACGUCGAAAUACAAAGGAAAAACACUGUAAGUAAUCAUUUUAACCCAUUCUUUAUCUAGUCUUAUAAUCAUACAUAACCAGUUUUUCCUUAAGAAUGUAGCAGAGUAUAAGCUAUAAACAUCUGGAGUAUGUGUGUACAAAUGUAUGUGGGUGGGUAUGUAUAUAUAAAUGUGAACUUGUUUCCUCUUUGCAGAAGCUCAAAAAAUAACAUAUUUCUGAAAAACAGAACAGAAAAUUCUGUUCUUUAUGUUUUUGCUAGGCAUUUUCUUAUUAUUUAGGAUCAUUUACAAAAUGGCAUUUUGUUUUAUAAUUUUUGUAGGGGUAAGACUGCAAACCCACAUACAUUUGAUAAUUCCUUCCAAAUUAAAUGUUUAUAAAGUAUAAAUUGUAUCACAGUGCAUGUGUGAGUGUGUGUAUCUCCAUUUAAAGAUAGCAUGAUCUUAAGGCAGAUAAAAGUAAGACCUUCAUCUUUACAGACUGCCAGACACCUUUCAGAUUCUCUGAGUCUCUUUGGUUGCUUCACAAAUAAAUCAUCUAGCAACAUUGAGAUGUAAUUAGGAAGUCUAACUUUUCUUUUAAAACCUAUGUUACCUAUAAAAAUUCUAUUGGUCAUAUCUUGCUUUAAAUAAGCACUUUUUCUCAUGUAACUUUGCACUUUGCACUUUUUUAAGUCCUCUUUAAAAAUUUAUAGCCAAAUUCUACUUUGCUCACUUUGUAAUAAUCACUCUAAGGCAUAGGAAGGAUAACUUGCCCACAAUCUAACAGGUUGAGGACAGCUGGGUUUGGAAUAAGUGUGCAUAUUUUUCUAGUCCCAUCUCGUGCCUAUAAAAUUACAGUGCCUCAAAUUAUGAAAUACAGGGAAUGGUCAUUUAAUUCUAAAUUGGUGAGAGAAAUGUAUAAGAAUUUUUCAUCUAUACAUACAUUAUUUUAUAUGUAUAUGUAUAUUACAUAUAUAUAUGUUUAUACAUUCUCACUCACAUGAGAAAUACUUAUGACAAAUAGAAAUAUAGGAUAUGUAUGUAUCUCUCGCUGAAUCUUAAUGUGAAAUAUUCCAUGAACUCAUUUUUUUCUAUUGACUCCCCAAAAUCUAACCACAAUGCUAGCUUCAGAACCUGUGAUAACCCCACUCUGCCCCAGCAACAGCCUAGAUUUGUCAUCUGCCCUCAUUUUGUGUAAAACAGUUGCUCUAGCUUGAAUGAAUCUAGAAUUCAUCAAUAAGAUUGUGAAGUCACUGGUACUUAUAGAGCAUACAAUGUGGAGAUCAUAAUACUUUAAAUAUAAAAAGGAAAAUGUGACAGAACCCUUAUUGGCAAAUGCUUAUAAAGACUGAAAGGAAAAUAUCUCAAUAUAAAAUCACUGACAUAUAUUUCUGUCUUGUUCACCUUUUUUUAUUCCUGUUGUACACUUGGUGAUGGAUUUGUUGCUUUGUUUGAUUUGUUCAUGUUUCUUCCUCAGGCAAUUGAUAAGUGUUAACCAUUAAAUCUAUUUUUUUAAGGGACAGGGUCUUGCUCUGUCACCCAGCCUUGAAGAGUGCAGUCGCUCAAUCAUAACUUACUGUGACCUCAAACUCCUGGGCUCAAGUGAUCCUCCCACCUCAGCAUCCUGAUUAGCUAGGAAUACAGGUGCAUGC